AUGGCCGACAUUCAAGCAGACCGCAAAGGUAUUUCGUCCGAACAUGAGCAUAUUGACCCGCCCGAGAAACCUCAGCACUUGGCUGGGGUUGAUGCAGAAACCGCAGCAUAUGCAACUGGUCCUCCUGUCGAGAUCGACAAAGCUACCGAUCGACGGCUAUUCUGGAAGGUCAAUAAACGGAUACUCGUGUGCAUGGUUGGCACAUACUUCUGCCAAGCUCUUGACAAGGGCACUCUGGGUUUCAGUUCGAUUAUGGGAAUUCAGGAAGACGCAGGUCUAGAUAGCGACAAAUAUAACUGGUUGGGGACCAUAUUGUACAUUGGAGUGCUUGUGGGGGAGUAUCCGACCAACUUUUUGGCUCAGAAAUUGCCGGUCGCUAAGUAUCUUGCGGCGAAUGUAUUUUUAUGGGGAGUGGUCAUCGCAUGCAGCGCGGCCGCCACGAACUUCCCCGGAUUAAUGGUCGUUCGGUUCCUCCUGGGGUGCUUUGAAUCCUGCGUCCAGCCAAUCUUUAUUCAAAUGACGUCUAUGUGGUAUACCCGCAAGGAACAACCAAUUUUGACAAGCCUAUGGAAUUGCAGAGGUAUCAUGGCCUGGGGCACCAGCCAUUACAUAGGCCAUGCCAUCAAAUCCUGGCAACUACUUUUCCUUGUCCUCGGGGUAGCAACUUGUGUCUGGGCUGUAUUUCUGGCCUGGUACCUCCCUGACAGCCCGAUGAAAGCAAAGUGCUUUACCGAGGAUGACAAACGCUUGCUCGUGGAACGGGUUCGGGCGAAUGAAACCGGUAUUCAAAACAAGACCUUCAAGAAAUAUCAACUAGUGGAAGCCCUCACCGAUCCUAUCAUCUGGCUUUAUGUCCUCAUGCAAGUCUCAAGCACACUUGUCCUUGGUGGGCUGGGUGUCUUCUCCAACAUUAUCAUCAAAAGCUUCGGAUUUACCACGCUGCAAACACAAUUGCUCAAUAUCGCACAGGGUGCUGUCACCAGCGCCGUCAUGGUGGGCGGAGCUUCAUUGUCAUCCUGGACGGACCAAACAAUCUUGGUCAUGCAUUUGUGGACAAUGCAAUUCAUCUGGGCCGAAGGAAACCUUCUAUUCUCGGUGAUCUCCCGCAACGUCGCCGGUCAAACGAAGAAGUCGACUGUGCUCGCCAUGACAUUCAUUGCCUGGGCCGCCGGGAAUGCAACCGCACCGCAGAUCUUCCAAUCCUCCGACGCACCACGCUACACCAAGGGUUUCACUGCCCAUUUCUGUCUCUAUGGAAUUAUGAAUGGCACGCUGCUCGUUACACGGUGGCUUUUGAUCCGUCGGAAUAAAGGAAAAACAGACGCCACUUCUAUGGCUGUUGCUGAGAAUGGUAGUCCUGAAGAUAUCGGUCACUCAGGCGCUUUCUUGGAUAUGACGGAUGAGGAGAAUCCGGAUUUUCGGGGCUUCUCAAUUCAUUGA